UCUGGUGGCUUGCAUUCAGUAACUCAAUCGGGUCUAAUAUUUCAUGUAAAUGGUAGUGUUAACGUCGGAUAUUGGAUUUUGAAAUGACAACACAUAGCUUGACCUUGGGGACUUUUCGAUUUCUCUCCACAAAAAUGAUUUGUUGACUGCACUGAUUGCAUUCUGUUGCACAGCUUAUUAAUGGAUACUUUGGUUGCCAGUUUCGUGUCAUGAUCGUGCGACAUAAAUAGCGUAUAAAUGGAUUUAUGGAAAAGCAUUGAGGCGAACCUAUCUUGGUUUGACCUAUCUUCGGAGGUGCGUUCACAACUGAACGAUGAUCCCAAAAAGUAUGAAGAACAAAUACUGCUGCACAGUCUUCGAAACCAACUGCGCUAUACAGGAAAUAUUGUGAAUUUGGUAGGCAAAAUAUUUAAAUAAUCUCAACUUAAGGUCAUAAAACGUGAGAAAAAGUAUUACGAAAAACUUAUUGAUUAUGGAAAGCAACAUUAUCUUCUGUAUCCCUACCACCUUCAAGACAAAAUAGUUCGUGGUUUGCAAGUCACUCCGUUCGUUUAUUAUCGUCGCAUAAUAAUUGAUCUAAUUUCAACAGAAAAGUCGUACGACUGUCUCCCGAAUUUCACUGCAGCAGAUUGUUUGCGUUUGCUUGGGAUUGGCAGGAACCAGUAUAUUGAUCUUAUUAAUACUUACAAGAGCUUCCUGUCAUCCAUUGGUCCUGAUGAACAUGAACGCCAAGGACUUCUGUCUGAUAUCCUACCAUCACAACCUGUUGAUAAAAUCGUAUUUGAACCAUGGCAUAUAGUUCACAUAGGAUCUGUUAUGUUGUCUGACAUUCAAACGUCUACGGAUUCCGAGCGUAUCAUGAUUGAUCAGCUUAUCGACGCGGAAAAGACUGGUGAAUUGGAGAUUAGUCUAAACAACUCUGGAAUUUUAGUUAAGGAUCUUGAUCAAGAUAUCCUCAAAAGACUUUAUCUGCGUGGAUUAGUUUAUAUUGAUAUUCCAAUCUAUAGUAGUGAUAAAAUAUGUGUUCCGACACUUGAAGGUUUUGUUAUGAAUCGUAUUAGUGGGGAUAUUAGAGAAAAUCUGUUGUAUAAGAUUUUCGUCACAGCUGAUGAAAACACAUCAAUUAGUGAGCUCGCUGACAUUUUACAAGUUGAUGUAAAUUCUGUGAAACAAGCUGCUUCUAUAUUCUGUCGGUUGGGUUUCGCCUAUAAACGAGUUGGACGUGCGGAUAGUCAGACAAAGUCGUCCAAAAUUCCAUCAUCCAGUACCAAUGAAGAUGUAUGUCCUACCUCAGAAGGCUCUACGGAUGAAAACUUAAACGUUUCGAUAUGUGCAGAUGACCAUCAUCAACAAAAGAAAAAGUUGGUAUUAAUAUUUGAUUCUACCAUUACUGCAUAUCUCAUGAUGGGCAAUCUUUCAUCCAACUUGAAACCACAUGCUGUAACAAUGUUCGAAGUAGGAAAAUUAUCUGAUGAUUCAUUGAACUCCUUUUUGUCUGAAUUAAAUCAUCUGGCUCCUGUCUCAGAGGGUGAAGCGAGAAUGUAUCGUGAACAUGCUUUGAAUUUAAGAGAAACGAUCCUUUUCUUGCGCUCUCAGGCUUCACUAGAAUCAACUGACUUUCAUGAUGUCGACUUAGUUAGAGGUGGUUCGUUAUUGAGUUUAGAGCCUGAAGCACGCAGGCGGGUUUUGCAUAAAAAUUACAGUGUGGUUGUAAGCCUGAUUCCCUCUACUUAUGAAGAUCAGCAGGCUUCUGACUUUCAAUGGCCAGCACACUUGGGGCCACCUAUAUCAGAAGCUAGUUCUCCUUGGUUCGGUCUUUACACAUCUUAUGUCGCAAGUAAUGCAAUUGAAGGGAAACAGGAUUCUUGUGUUACUGUUCUGCCAACUCUCUUAAUGACUUGCGGUACUCGAAUAUACAGACUUCCAUCGUGUUUACAAGGUAUUUCAUGCUUUUGGAUCACUGCAUGGGGUCAUGAACCUGUAGUUGUCGACGCAGUCAACUUUUUAACUAUGGCCAAUGAUAUGCUGUUAUCGUCUCCGAUUCUUAUCCAGGCCAUCGAUAUUUACGAAUAUGAGAAGACUUUAACUCAAAGAUACAUACCCCUACCCCUAUCCAAAGAAUUUUUACACGGUUCAUCUGAUAACAUACCGGAAUUCAUUAAACAUACUAUGAAGGUCAUUGAUUUGACUUAUGUUUCAGGUUAUAUCACAGUAUUGGCUCCCAUAAAUAAACAUGAAUAUGAUCGAAAUGUUGAUACAUUGACAGAAGACGAUCAACUGUCCUCCUCACCAGUUGGCGCAGAUUUCCCUUUGUUAAGUGAACAAGAAGAAAAUGGAUAUAAUUCAUCUGGAAAAGUUGUUUUAGAUGAAAAUGAACUAAUCACAAUUAUGAAUGAACGCAAGCCAAUUUAUUUUAUUACAUUACAAUUAGGCUUGCCUAUUUUUAAUACUGAAUUGAAUCGUGCAGUUUGUACACAAAUUUCUAAUCAAAACUUAUUAUCUACUACCAAUCGUGAUCAUAUAAUAGAUAAUAAUCGUCUUAUUGUUAAAGAAUUUGAGAAAUUCAUGUUUGAACACUGUUCAGCACUUUUACCUAAGCAAAAUCAACGUAGUUAUUCAACACUUGUAACUAGUUCCGGUGGUAAUCUUCCUGAUACUUGGCCUCUUCCUACGAAGAAGUUAACUUGUGCCAACGGCACUUUGUCUUUUUCAUAAAACAUAUAAAAUGCUGUGCUAUUGUUUUCUACCUGUAAUUCAACAUAUCUAUGUGGUUUAUUAAGUGAUUUCUUCACUGCUUAAUAUCACCUUUUUUAUUCUGUUAUUUAAUAUGUGUACUAUUUUUAUUUUGUGAAUAAUAACUCCUACGGAUUAUUUUUUACUCAAACGUGUCUUAUUUUUCUCUUUUUUUGUCUUCGUUUUUGUUCUGAUUUGUUAGGUUUCAUUUUUUUCUGAUUGUUCUGAUUGAUCUGUGUUAUUUUGUUUUGCGCCAUUAUUAUCCGAUUGAUAAUCUAUAUUGUCUGUGAACCAUGGUACUACAGCGUAUUCAGAUCUAUCAGAAAGUUUAUUAUCUUUUAUACAAUGAUAGCUCGAUGGUUUUUAAUUGUUGUGUGAAAAUUCAAACUAGAAGUGGUCACUGUUUUUGUUA